AUGAAUUAUCGGAGUAUGGCUAAUUUUACAAAUAUUUUAGUUCUUUCUGCAAUUUUUUUGACGACUUUGUUGCUGAGCUUCGUAUCUUCAGAGAACAAUGCGCAUGUGAAAGUAGACUCGUGCACAACGUAUUGCAAUGCCACAAUGUUCCAACACUGUAAAUGUACAAACCACUCCACCAUCAUGGAGUGCGACAGGACGAGAUGGGUGGGGAUUUACCUGUCCAUGACAGUCAAGGACACGGGUCCCGGGAACACGAGCUUUCCUUUGUUCUACACGCUCAUGUACGACAACACCACAUUUUGCCAAGGACAACUGGAGAUUCCUCCCUCUGGGAAAGAGGUUAAGAUUUACCUACCAGAAAGUGACGAUAAGGCGAAUCCAAUAGUCAAUUUAACAACGACUGGUAAACACAAAUUGACUUUGCCACUGAUACAUAUUGAAAACAGCAUACAAACCGCGUCUAGUAUACUAUCAAAAACAUCUCCUUCAGCUUAUAUUGAAAACACAGCAAUACGAGCGAGUGAUUUUCGCGUCUAUUAUGACUGUGAAGCGGGUGAAAACCAACUUUGUGACGAAACAGGUCACGUGCAGUGUGCGCCAGGUUACUAUGGAGACAAAUGUCAAACUUACUGUAACUCAACCAUGUUUGAUAACUGUAACUGCUCAACAGACGGGAACCUCCAAUGCAGUGAAAAGCCUGUGGGAGUAUAUUUUGAUGUCCGACUGAUUUCAGCGCAUAUUCCUCCCAACAUGCACAAUACCUCAUACACACUCUCUCUUGACCAAAGUUACCGAAACAUCUCCUUUCGACGACUCACGUUUUCGCCUCUUAUUCUUCACGAGACACCUGAUCUGGCUCCAUUGGGUUUCUCAAACAACACAUUGGUGUUCUUUUAUCCCAGCUUUAAUUUGCUUAAAGAUGCAAGCUGUACAAUAAGCAUAAAGAAAGAUGGCAACAUAAAAGCUGGACAGAUCUUCCAUCUUAGUGCUGUCUCCUCGUCAAGAAAUGUCGAUAUAUAUUCAAAUUUAACUCUCCCGGAGAAAAAGAAUGAUUCCGGUUUAUACUUCAACAUUCAGAUCCGUUUAGCUUAUAACUGUACACCGUCAUCAGAAAAUCAGAAAUGUAACAAAACUGGAGAACUUGUGUGCAAGGAAAACUUUUUUGGUGACGUCUGUCAAAGGUUCUGUAACAGAAGCAUGGAACAUGGCAAUUGUAGUGUAAAUGGAAAACAAAUGUGUGAAACUAAUUAUUUUGGUGAUGACUGUGAAGUGUUUUGUAACGUGACUAUGCCACAAGGUAACUGUUCACGGAAUGGAAGUCGUAUUUGUGCAACUAAUUACUUUGGUGAUAACUGUGAAGUGUUUUGUAAUGUGACUAUGCUACAUGGUAAUUGUUCAGUGAAUGGAACUCGUAUUUGUGCAACUAGUUACUUUGGUGAUAACUGUGAAGUGUUUUGUAAUGUGACUAUGCUACAAGGUAACUGUUCACGGAAUGGAAGUCGUAUUUGUGCAACUAAUUACUUUGGUGAUAACUGUGAAGUGUUUUGUAAUGUGACUAUGCUACAUGGUAAUUGUUCAGUGAAUGGAACUCGUAUUUGUGCAACUAGUUACUUUGGUGAUAACUGUGAAGUGUUUUGUAAUGUGACUAUGCUACAAGGUAACUGUUCACGGAAUGGAACUCGUAUUUGUGCAACUAAUUACUUUGGUGAUAACUGUGAAGUGUUUUGUAAUGUGACUAUGCUACAUGGUAAUUGUUCAGUGAAUGGAACUCGUAUUUGUGCAACUAAUUACUUUGGUGAUAACUGUGAAGUGUUUUGUAAUGUGACUAUGCUACAUGGUAAUUGUUCAGUGAAUGGAACUCGUAUUUGUGCAACUAGUUACUUUGGUGAUAACUGUGAAGUGUUUUGUAAUGUGACUAUGCUACAAGAUAACUGUUCACGGAAUGGAACUCGUAUUUGUGCAACUAAUUACUUUGGUGAUAACUGUGAAGUGUUUUGUAAUGUGACUAUGCUACAUGGUAAUUGUUCAGUGAAUGGAACUCGUAUUUGUGCAACUAGUUACUUUGGUGAUAACUGUGAAGUGUUUUGUAAUGUGACUAUGCUACAAGGUAAUUGUUCAGUGAAUGGAACUCGUAUUUGUGCAACUAAAUACUUUGGUGAUAACUGUGAAGUGUUUUGUAAUGUGACUAUGCUACAAGGUAACUGUUCACGGAAUGGAACUCGUAUUUGUGCAACUAAUUACUUUGGUGAUAACUGUGAAGUGUUUUGUAAUGUGACUAUGCUACAUGGUAAUUGUUCAGUGAAUGGAACUCGUAUUUGUGCAACUAGUUACUUUGGUGAUAACUGUGAAGUGUUUUGUAAUGUGACUAUGCUACAAGGUAACUGUUCACGGAAUGGAACUCGUAUUUGUGCAACUAAUUACUUUGGUGAUAACUGUGAAGUGUUUUGUAAUGUGACUAUGCUACAUGGUAAUUGUUCAGUGAAUGGAACUCGUAUUUGUGCAACUAAUUACUUUGGUGAUAACUGUGAAGUGUUUUGUAAUGUGACUAUGCUACAUGGUAAUUGUUCAGUGAAUGGAACUCGUAUUUGUGCAACUAGUUACUUUGGUGAUAACUGUGAAGUGUUUUGUAAUGUGACUAUGCUACAAGGUAACUGUUCACGGAAUGGAACUCGUAUUUGUGCAACUAAUUACUUUGGUGAUAACUGUGAAGUGUUUUGUAAUGUGACUAUGCUACAUGGUAAUUGUUCAGUGAAUGGAACUCGUAUUUGUGCAACUAGUUACUUUGGUGAUAACUGUGAAGUGUUUUGUAAUGUGACUAUGCUACAAGGUAAUUGUUCAGUGAAUGGAACUCGUAUUUGUGCAACUAAUUACUUUGGUGAUAACUGUGAAGUGUUUUGUAAUGUGACUAUGCUACAAGGUAACUGUUCACGGAAUGGAACUCGUAUUUGUGCAACUAAUUACUUUGGUGAUAACUGUGAAGUGUUUUGUAAUGUGACUAUGCUACAUGGUAACUGUUCACGGAAUGGAACUCGUAUUUGUGCAACUAAUUACUUUGGUGAUAACUGUGAAGUGUUUUGUAAUGUGACUAUGCUACAUGGUAAUUGUUCAGUGAAUGGAACUCGUAUUUGUGCAACUAAUUACUUUGGUGAUAACUGUGAAGUGUUUUGUAAUGUGACUAUGCUACAUGGUUAUUGUUCAGUGAAUGGAACUCGUAUUUGUGCAACUAGUUACUUUGGUGAUAACUGUGAAGUGUUUUGUAAUGUGACUAUGCUACAAGGUAACUGUUCAGUGAAUGGAAGUCGUAUUUGUGCAACUAAUUACUUUGGUGAUAACUGUGAAGUGUUUUGUAAUGUGACUAUGCUACAUGGUAAUUGUUCAGUGAAUGGAACUCGUAUUUGUGCAACUAGUUACUUUGGUGAUAACUGUGAAGUGUUUUGUAAUGUGACUAUGCUACAAGGUAAUUGUUCAGUGAAUGGAACUCGUAUUUGUGCAACUAAUUACUUUGGUGAUAACUGUGAAGUGUUUUGUAAUGUGACUAUGCUACAAGGUAACUGUUCAGUGAAUGGAACUCGUAUUUGUGCAACUAGUUACUUUGGGGAUAACUGUAAUGUAUUUUGUAAUGUGACUAUGCAACAAGGUAACUGUUCAGAGAAUGGAAGUCGUAUUUGUGCCAGGAAUUACUUUGGUGAUAACUGUGAAGUGUUUUGUAAUGUGACUAUGCUACAAGGUAAUUGUUCAGUGAAUGGAACUCGUAUUUGUGCAACUAAUUACUUUGGGGAUAACUGUGAAGUGUUUUGUAAUGUGGCUAUGCAACAAGGUAACUGUUCAGAGAAUGGAACUCGUAUUUGUGCAACUAAUUACUUUGGUGAUAACUGUGAAGUGUUUUGUAAUGUGACUAUGCUACAAGGUAACUGUUCAGAGAAUGGAAGUUGUAUUUGUGCCGGGAAUUACUUUGGUGAUAACUGUGAAGUGUUUUGUAAUGUAACUAUGCUACAAGGUAACUUUUCAGAGAAUGGAACUCGGAUUUGUGCAACUAAUUACUUUGGGGAUAACUGUAAUGUAUUUUGUAAUGUGACUAUGCUACAAGGUAACUGUUCAGAGAAUGGAACUCGUAUUUGUGCAACUAAUUACUUUGGUGAUAACUGUGAAGUGUUUUGUAAUGUGACAAUGCUACAAGGUAACUGUUCAGAGAAUGGAAGUCGUAUUUGUGCCGGGAAUUACUUUGGUGAUAACUGUGAAGUGUUUUGUAAUGUAACUAUGCUACAAGGUAACUGUUCAGAGAAUGGAAGUCGUAUUUGUGCCAGGAAUUACUUUGGUGAUAACUGUGAAGUGUUUUGUAAUGUGACUAUGCCACAAGGUAACUGUUCAGAAAAUGGAAGUCGUAUUUGUGCCAGGAAUUACUUUGGUGAUAACUGUGAAGUGUUUUGUAAUGUGACUAUGCCACAAGGUAACUGUUCAGAAAAUGGAAGUCGUAUUUGUACAACUAAUUACUUUGGUGAUAACUGUGAAGUGUUUUGUAAUGUGACUAUGCCACAAGGUAACUGUUCAGAGAACGGAAGUCGUAUUUGUUCAACUAAUUACUUUGGUGAUCACUGUAAUGUAUUUUGUAAUGUGACUAUGCCACAAGGUAGCUGUUCACAGAAUGGGAGUCCUAUUUGUGCAACUAAAUACUUUGGUGAUAACUGUGAUGUAUUCUGUGAAAGUAACACAGAGUAUGAACGUUGCACUGUCAAUAAGACCAAUAAGUGCGAAGUACAGGCGUGCUGUGGCAGUGGAGACUGUCCUGUAGUGGUAUUCAACAAUGGAGUCAAGAAAUAUCAACAGGACUCGCUGUCAAAGAACUGGAGACUGAUAGCGUCUAUUUUGGGAGCCAUUUCUAUAGCCUUGAGUAUCGUUCUUUUCGCUGAAAUUGGAAAAAUGAAAUACCGGAACUUAAUGGGAGUUUCCUCGAUGGUAACACCUGAUACCUGGAAGAAGAACACUGUCAACUGAAUUCACUUCCACUGACAAUGUUUAUCUCUGACGCAAACCAUUAUAUUUUCAAUGUCGUGCAAUCCUGUAUAAUAACAACCACUAUAUAUUGUGUUCUAGAAGUCAUCACAUUUGUGUUUUCAUUACAUUUGUGUUUUCAUUACAUUUGUGUUUUAAUUACAAUUGUGUUUUAAUUACAUUUGUGUUUUUAUUACAUGUGUUUUUUUAAAAUAUAUUUUUCGGUUAUCACUGAAGAUUGCCCAAGGCAGUUGGAACACGUGCAAUAUUUAUUGUUUCUUUUUUUAGACAGACACCACCGCAGCAAAUAUUGUUUGAUUAACUCAUCUCAGUUUUGCAUAAUAAACAUCAUUGAUUG